AUGCUCGGCAGGAAUUCCAUGGAAGCCUCCGUCCUACAAACAUGUCCGUCGACUUCCCUGGCGACUCGCUCCCUCCCCACAACCGCUCUGACCCUGGCGUCUACAUGCAUCUCCGCCCUCGCCUCCACCUACGUCCUCCUCGUCGCCCCUCUCUCCGCCCUCGUCCUCUAUCUGGGAUCCCGGCGAUGGAGACGACGGCGCUCGGUUUCCACGGCGGCUGUCACGAGUCACACCGACUUCUUCACCUGCAACACGGCGGCCACAGAGCUGGACUGCGGCCUUCGGGUACGCCUUCUGCUACUGCAGCAGCUGCGUCGACCUCCCAGUGAUGUCGUCCGCGGGGGCCUUUAUCGGGACGUUCACCUGGUUUGGACGGAUGCUCUUCCCCGUCCUGACCUGUGUGGAGCGCUACCUGGCUGUUGUUCACCCAAUCACUUACCUGGGUCUGAGGCAGGCGGGCGGGGUCGGGAUCAGAAACAUCAGAAACAUGGUUUCCUGCUCCUUAUGCACCUUGAUACCGGCACCUCCAUGCUAAUCCUCUCCUUAGCUGUCACGACUUUCUGCAGCCGUUCUGUUCCCCGCGUUCUGAUUCGCCCGCGGCCAGGGAACGUGGGCGGGGCCAGGGCGCAGGUCGACCAAAACAAAGCAGAGGGCCGUCCGAACCAUUGCAAUCAUAAUGGGAGCGCCGUGGUUUAAGCUCGGUGGGAAUGUGGUUGCUAUUAUACUGAGGUCCUCCACAACAGUGAGCGAAAGUGUCAGGUGUUUUGGGGGCGGCGUCUACCUUUGUGUUCUCUCUGGUGCUGUUUCUGCUGUUUCUGCACAGAGCAGGAAGACUAGCAAAGUGUAAACGCAACACCGAGUCAGGAUGGGGGUUGGGUCAAGGUUCAGAGCUGCGUGUUUUUCGGAUAUAAUAAGUAUAUUAUCGUACAUUUCAGCAUCCAAGCUAGCUGUAUUUACUGUAUACAGACGUGUACGCCUGCAUAUACCUGUUGUUUUUCCAGCCUACUGUAGACGAAACCACGCCCACGUCCGUGUGAUGAAAGCCUCGACGGCAGCGUUCCCAUGGAAACCUCGCUCACGCGGGUCCCGCAAGUUAUGACAGCUACAGUGGCUUGGAAAAUAGCGAUUAUGCGGCGCUGAAUUUGAUGAAUUUACUGUUUAUCGGACCACAAAUGAGACAAGAAUUAGCUAUCUAGCUCGUUUAAACUGCUUUAUAUACUGUUAGCUAGUUU